AUGGAGAGAUUGAAUGAGCUUUGCGACAUCAUAGAGCAGAAUCCGAAGCAAUUUUUGGAUAAGCUUCCUUGGAUAUGCCAACAAUGUCCACAAUCGAAGCUGCUUCGUGCCGAAUCGCCUAGGUUUUCUCAAAGUCAUCUCAAUGCGAUCUUAGCCGUGACUCGAAUCCUCUCCAAAAUCGUCGACACGACCGAUGAAAACGCCAAAUUCGUAGUGCUAGAUUUCCUCCAGACUGUUCCGAAAUCGUUCCACCGUUCGUUUUGGCCGUAUUCGUUAUCGUUGGAGUCGAUUUCGGCGUUUUAUUGCAGUUUCUUAGGUUACGUUUCGUGUCUCUCUCAGUUGAUGGUUGAAGGGUAUCUUCUUAGAGCUGCCCAAAGAAGUGACAUAUUUGCUCAUACCCUCAUUUGGCAUUUACAGGGUGAGUCUGUUGAGGAAAUAGUGAAAGAUGGUGCUUUCGAUAAGAAUGCAUCAUUCCAAGAAAUCUUGUCAGACGUUCGGCAGCAUAUCGUUGAUGGUUUCACUCCCAAGGCCUUGAAUUUUUUCAGUAGAGAGUUUGACUUCUUUGAAAAGGUCACAUCUAUUUCUGGGGCAUUACUUCCUCUUCCAAAGGAAGAACGAGUAGCUGGUAUUAGGAGGGAAUUGGAGAAAAUCAAAAUGCAAGGAGAAGAUCUUUAUCUGCCGACUGCUCCUAACAAGCUCGUCAGGGUUAUUCAGGUAGACAGUGGAAUACCCCUACAAUCAGCUGCCAAAGUCCCUAUCAUGAUAACCUUUAACGUUGUUGAUCUUGAUGGUGACCACAAUGAUGUGAAACCUCAAGCUUGUAUUUUCAAGGUUGGAGAUGAUUGCCGUCAAGAUGUUCUUGCCCUGCAAGUGAUAUCUCUUCUUGGAGACAUAUUUCAAGCUGUUGGUCUUAAUCUCUAUCUUUUUCCAUAUGGAGUACUUCCAACUGUUGUGCCAAAUACACGAAGCAGAAGUCAAAUGGGUGAAACAACCGACGGGGGUUUGUAUGAGAUUUUUCAACAAAACUAUGGACUCGUUGGCUCAACCACCUUUGAAACAGCACGAGCGAACUUCCUCAUAAGCAGUGCCGGGUAUGCUGUGGCUAGUCUUUUACUCCAGCCCAAAGAUAGACACAACGGAAAUCUCCUUUUCGAUGACGUGGGAAGACUUGUCCACAUCGACUUUGGUUUCAUUUUGGAAACUUCACCUGGUGGAAACAUGAGGUUCGAAAAUGCUCAUUUCAAACUGAGCCACGAAAUGACCCAGUUGCUAGAUCCUUCAGGUGUUAUGAAAAGCAAAACAUGGCAUCAGUUUGUGAGCUUGUGCGUCAAGGGAUACUUAGCUGCUCGCCGGUACAUGGACGAAAUCAUUAGCACGGUGCAAAUGAUGCUAGAAAGUGGAUUGCCUUGCUUUAGCAGAGGAGAUCCAAUAGGUAAUCUUAGGAAAAGAUUCCACCCAGAAAUGAGCGAACGUGAAGCUGCACUCUUUAUGAUUAAUGUAUGUACCGAUGCUUAUAACAAAUGGACUACUGCUGGAUAUGACUUGAUUCAGUAUUUGCAACAAGGCGUUGAGAAGUAAACGAG